AGAACGCUGGGGACUGAUGCAGGAAAGUACCAAUGUUAUGUCAAUCUGAAAAAUGACGAAAUCAUCGGCAGCGGCAACAUCGGGGUGGUGGAUGUAUCCAUCCUGGUGCCUCCUUCUAAACCCACCUGUCAACUUAAUGGAAGUCCAUACAUCGGUACCAACAUCACCCUCAGCUGCAGGUCAUCAUCCGGGCAGCCAACCCCCACCUACGCAUGGAUAAAGAAAUCCACGAUCAAUGAGGUUUUCUUUCCGCCGGCCCACGAUUCAGUGAAGGGGACGUUAACUCUGCCGAAUCUUACCAGCAAACACAGUGGAACAUAUGCGUGUACGUCCAGGAACACGGCCGGUGUGGCAGAGUGUACCAUCACAAUGGAGGUGACCUCAGCAUCCAGAGUGGCCAUCAUAGUCGGGGCCGUGGUUGGGACGAUUGUCGGUCUGUGCUGCCUGGCCAUCUUGAUAACCGUUUUGCUCUAUUUAUACCGACGGCAGAAGAAGGAAGCUCAGGAUGAGAUGGAGAAUGACAUCAAGGAGGAUGCAGCGGCUCCAAAAACCCUCACUUGGGUAAAGGCAAAUGGGUCAGACCUUACUUUCAAAAAUGGCACCCUAUCCUCCAUGAACAGCAACCGGGACCACAAGCCUUACCCUCCCAAGUCCCCCUCUGACACCACAUCCAUAAAUACUGCCAUAGGCAGCACCGCCGGCUACAGACCCCCCUAUAUCAGCGACAGAGGCCGAGUCACAACACCGACCCCCAGUAUGUCCAGCCAGUCCCUGCCCGCAUACAUGGCGCCAGUGAAUGGCAACUACUACACUACAGCCGUGCCAACAAGCAGAAGCCCUGCCCAGAAGACCAACGGUGUGGAACAGCAAGCUCCCAGGAAGGAUUUAAACAUUCCGUCUGGGGUGACUCCGUCCAAUCUGGUGCGCAUGGGGGCCGUGCCGGUUAUGGUUCCAGCUCAGAGUCAGGCGGGGUCCUUGGUGUGA